UCAAUAUAUUAAAAAACCUGUUUUCCUCCUCGCACACGAUCUUCAGAGUUAAGAAGGGAACUCUGGAGGUUAGGUGUAAGGUGUAACACAGAGGGAUAUUAUUUUUUUGCAUUUAUUUUUCUGACGUUAAGAGAGACACCACCAUUUGAAGGUUAAGUCAAGUUCACAGCUUUUGGAACUAAACAUCUUCAGAAACUUUCUCAAUGGCAUCCAACACAAACUCCACCAACUCCACUGCCCCUCAGAUGAUCUCAGCUCAGAUUGGUAUUGGCAUCUUGACCCUGGCAUUUGUACUGGGUUUUCCGGGGAACCUGUUUGUUGUUUGGUCGGUGGUCUGCCGGGUAAAGAAGCGCUCAGUGACAUGUUUGUUGGUGUUGAAUCUGGCUGUUGCGGAUGCUCUUGUCCUGCUCAGUGCACCUUUUUUCCUAAGAUACCUAGCUGGAGGCCAAGGCUGGGAGUUUGGCUCAGCAGCGUGCAAGCUGGUGCAUUACCUAUCAAGUGUGAACAUGUACGUGUCCAUCUACCUUAUUUGUCUGAUGAGCAUGGACCGUUGCCUUGCUGUCACAAGGCCUUUUGUUUCCCAGAAAAUAAGAACUAAGCGCUCCCUGCUGUUUCUCCUGCUGGGAGUCUGGAUUUUAGCAUUCCUGCUGUCACUGCCGAUGCCUUUCUAUCGCAGUGUUCUCAAGAGUCCCAAAAACAACAUGAGUGGUUGUGUACCUUACCACUGGAAGAGUGUGGCUCAUCCGGUUUUCCAGUACAUUUUUGAGACUAUUAUGGGAUGCCUGGUGCCCUUCACUCUCAUCAACACCUGCUACUCCUCUGUCAUCUGCCGCCUGCGAAGUGCCAUGUUCCAACGUAAAGGACAAAGCAGUCGCCUGAUUCUGCUCAUCAUCUCUGCUUUUGCAGUCUUCUGGCUCCCCUACCACAUUGUCAACAUCAUAGAGGUGAUUGGUUUAUUGAUGGGAAGUAAGACAGUGAUCGGUGCUGCUCAAAAAGCCCGUCCAAACGUUACAGCCUUUGCCUACUUCAGCAGCGCUGUCAACCCCAUCCUCUAUGUGUUUGCAGGCAGCUCACACAUCCGCCAGGCUGGGUUCAGCUUCAUGGGCAAGCUCUUUGAGGGUACCAAUUCAGAGAGCAGGACCACAUCUUUUUCCCGCAGCGGCCGCAGCAGCUCUUCACCAGAUGAGAGCUCUGUCCUGCACACGCUCUCUGUCAAAAUGGGGAAGCCUUUCAAAGGCAAGAACAGAGGCGAGAGCAGGAGUGCAGUGGAGCAGGAGAUUGAUGCGCCUGAACUAAAGACUCUGGCCACCUUUGAGCAGUAACUGUAGCAUUUAAAAUAAUGUGAAUUGAUUUGACCCAAACUCGCAUAUACUAACAAUGUAAGCUAACUGGAGUAGUCCAGAAAGUAAAUACUGUAAAUAUAAUAUUUUUGUAUUGCUGAAGCAAAUCAUUGCAGAGUAUCAUAUAUUUUUUGCAUGUAUGUCUGUGUGUGUGUAUUCAUAUUCUAUCCAGUUGUACAGAAAUGGACAAUUUAAUCAGUAUUUUUGAUGUAAUUUUUAAUUCUAAUCAGAAUUUCUCUAUAGCGCACAACACACAGUCUGACUGUGAGCUCAAAUUCAGUUUGUUAAAAUAAUGAAAGUUUCUUAAUGUUUGCCAAUCUCCUAUUGUGCAAACAUGGCUUGUUUAAUAUGUGAGACUGUACUGGUUGCUUUGUUGGACAAACAGAACAUUGCAUCAAAAACAUGUCACGAAAGCAUCCGUUUUUGUCCCUGUUUCGUGCAUUGCUGCCUUCUCUUUCACAACAUCUAACUGAAAUGACUGCAUUACAAGACCGUAUGUGGUUAUUUUGCUGUUAGGCUACCAUCAAAAGUCCCAAUAAAAUAGGUGAGCAAAAAACAAAAAGUGCUCACCUCUGCAGGAAACGAGUUGCAGUCAUAGUGACAUCAAAGAGUGACACAUCAGUGGUUACCGGCAUUGUAGGAUCCUGGAAACACAAAACUGUUUACUGUUACUCAACUGGUAACUUAUGUAGGGCCUUCAAAUAAUGUCAAACAGAUUGUUUUUGUCCUCUAACUGUAUGGUUUUGUUACAACUGAUUCAUUUUCCUUUAUUAAUAAUCAUUUCUCUCUGAGCAAAAACAUAUAGGUGACAAGUUUGAACUGAAAUAUAUUUGAAUUGUGCUGUAGAUUUUGUUCAGAUUGCUCAGGAGCAUGAUUAUUUUUAUGAUUUUACAUAUGGGCUAUACAAUUCUGAUUGAAAACCAAGAAAGCAAGCAUUUUUUUCUUGAGUAGUGAGGUUAAAUCCUUCUAUAAAGCAAACAUAUAUAAAGUAAGAGCAAAAAUAUACAUAAUAUGAAUGUGAAUAAUAGGAACAAACACAUUUUCUAUAUGUAUUACAAAGAUGUUUGGGUCCCUACUUAAAAAAGUAGCAGAAUGUGUUAUGUUUUAAACACUUGCUAUGUUGAGUUAGAGUAUGUUGUUUCCUGUUCACCCUGAGCGUGUGUACUUGAUUGUAGCAGUACAGUUACAGGAAAAGAAAAAAAAAUGGUCAGAUGAACUUAAUCAAGAAUAGUAUAGGAAAUGAGUUUCACUUAGAUUUAAGAAAUUUACACAACAACAAUGCAAACUGGAUUAACUCAGAAAAUCUGAUUCUGAAAGGUAUUUUAUAAGACAAUAAAGCACACUUGCUGGUGCUGGGUUCGACCUGGUUUUGCCACUUCCCCAGGUGCUCUAAUGAAUUGUGAUCUGGUGACCGUGAAGGCCACUUGAGUACAGUGAACUGUUUGUGGUGUUCAAUAAACCAGUUUGAGAUGUUUUGA